AGAAAGUGCAUCCAGCUCUCAGUCAUUCAUCUCUUGGGGAGAGGAGAGGAAACUAAAGCAGGACGGCAAAAGAAACAUUUGAAAUCAAGAAAAAAAAGGAAGAUCCUUUGUUUAAUCUUUGAUUUAAGACGCUUCUCACUCCAACCUCAAACAAUUUUCUCUCUUCAUCUUCAUUUUUGUACCCAAGAAUAUUUUGCUGUUGCAAGUAUUUCACAUCACUCCUUCUACUCUGCAUGAAGAUACUUAACUUCUUCUCCUCUUGCAACCGGGGACACUAAAACUACAGAUUUAGGAAUCAAUCGCCAAAUCUGUGCCUGUUUUUGAAAGGAUCCCUGCAUCAAAAGCAUCUCUUGCAACUUGAAUGUCCUUACAACUUGAACAGAGAGUGGAGCCCUUCGAUGAAGCGUGCAUAAAGGGACCGGUUGGCUUUUUCGGGAGGUGUAGGAGAAGGCGACUUGAGGAGGACGUACUGGGAUCAGAGCGCUCCUGGAAGAGCUCCGGGAAGAGGAGGAGUGGGGCACGUCAUGCUGAGAGAGAGCAUCCUCCCAGCCUUCUCCCUCCCUACAAACACACACCCUUAAGACAGCACAGCUACAGUAAUCUUAUAAAGUUACUGUAGGUGGAUUUCAUAGAAGUAUUUUAAAAACCUCCUUAGUACCAUACAGUAAGAUUAACACAAAAUUUACAAAAGUAAAUUAAGGUUUCAGAUAAAUUCAUCACUGGGUUCCAUAGACAUACUAUAAGCCAUUAAAAAAGGGAUAUUAUAGGAAUAUUGUAGAGUUUUGUCAGAGGCGCACACAGACACCCAGGACGCCCAAGCACGCCGCCGCAGAAUGGAUCUCGCACCAAUCAGAGGUUUAUCUGAUGUCCCGUGAGUGUUGGGAGAACCUUGCCGCAGCCCCGGCCUGCAGCCCUGGUGCCACCCAGCCUGGCACACCAGGAUGGACGCUGCUCAUUCCUUCAGGAUGGAGCUGGAUGGGCUGGACCUCCAAGAGGUCCCAGUGCUGUCGCUCGACCAGAUACGUGCCAUACGGGCCAACAAUGACUAUGUGGAUAGGCCCGUGACGCUGGAACCGGCAUCGCAGUCCGGAUUUUUCUAUGCCCAUGAUGACCGUUACCCUAAUGGAGUAUACCCACACUACCCCCAGGCUUCCUUCCACUCAGCCCUGCCUCGCAGCCAAAGUCAGCAGCAGCACGCUCACCUUACCCACCUGAGCCGUUCCAGUACCAUAAGCUCUUCCAUGUCUCGGACCAGUGCCACUUCGGACCAGCGGCUACUGGCAGGCUUGACACCUUCUCGCUCUGGCCUUGGUUCGGUGGUCCGUUCUCAGCCUAAAGGAGAACUCAAGCCUGAUGAUUCAUUGGGUAAAGGCCUGACAGAUGACGAGCUGGGCCUUCAUUCAUUCAUCUGCGAGCGGUGUGGUCGCUGUAAGUGCCAAGAGUGCUGCGCCCCCCGCCGCCUGCCUUCCUGUUGGGCCUGUGGACAACGCUGUCUGUGCUCUGCUGAAAGUGCUGUGGAGUAUGGCACCUGUUUGUGCUGUGUUAAAGGCCUGUUCUACCACUGCUCCGCCCAGGAUGACGAUGAUAACUGUGCUGACCGGCCGUGCUCCUGUGCUCCAGCCCAUGCUUGUGCACGCUGGGGCACCAUGGGGCUGCUGGCGCUCUGCCUGCCCUGCCUCUGCUGCUACCCCCCUGCCAGGCUGUGCCUUGCCCUGUGCCAGUGUGUCCACGACCGCACGACGCGCCCUGGCUGCAGGUGCAGCAACACCAACACUGUGUGCCGCAAGAUCUCCGCCUCCAAUCCUAACCCUGGUCAUCCCUCGCUCCGCAGCAAGGCCCUUGAGAAGCCGUUAUGACAGGUCUAGAUGGGGGCCAGGUAAAUCCAUUUCCCCUCAGCUGUCGCCAAAGCAACGCUGUCGCCAAUCAACAGUGCCACAGCUGACAUUGUGACGACAAUGCCAUUGUGACCUAAAUACCUAUAUUCGACAAGCUGACAAGCCAACCAACCAACUAUAAAGUGUUGUUCACCUAAUGUACCUUGAAUUUAUUUCAUCUCCAGCUCAGGAGGGACCAAAGCUUUACUGUGCCUGUUAAUGUCGGAGACUUCAUAGACUAAAACAAAAUCGCAUCUAGACGAAGAAGCUGUCGUGUUUUGCUGGACUGCCCUUCAACCUUAACCGUGACUUCCAGACAGAAAUCAACUAUCUCCGUAUUCUAGGGUGUAAUCUGGACGUGUUAAAAUCUAUUUACGUAUUGUUGAACCUCGUUCCUCCCCAACCUCUGAAAAGAGAACGCACAGAGCACAGAGCUAGACCAAAUCAGGAAGGAAAGAUGCCUGUGGCGAUGUCGAUGGUCUAGGCCAACAAGGUUUCUGUCCUCUAUAAAGAGAUAAUCAGAAGAAGCACGAGUGAUUGCGGACUUAGACCACAAUGACAUUCAGAAAACUCUACAAAAGCUUAAAGAUCAUGAAUGAAUGAAGAAAACAAUGUUGUGCCACGGUGCAUAUCUGAGUGGGAGCAAAGCACCAAGGCAUAAAGUGAGAACAAAGACACUUGUAGCACAUCUACAACAACAGUUUGACACCAACAAAGGGGCCAUGCACUGUACGAGCGGAGUGAAUUUAAAUGCAAUUAAGCUCAUUUGUAAAGGAAAAGCACUGUGAGGUAGAUGGACAAUGUUUUUCCUAGCAGCCAAGAGCUGAAUGGGUGAUUAUUUAACUGGAGCGAGGGUGCAUCCAUUGUCACUAGGCAGUGUGUGUGUGUGUGUGUGUGUGUGUGUGUGUGUGUGUGUAUAUGUGUACUCCUACUGUAAAACAAUCUGUGUAUGGAGAAGCUGUGUGUAUGUUGUUCUGUCAGCAGAAGAAGCCUCCCUUGUCUUAUUUUUAGCACAGAUGCUUCAGAGGAGCUGAGGGUCUGGUCAGGUUUCCUCCCGAAGUCAGUCUGUCGCCAACCUCCCUCCUCUGACCGACCUCCUUCACUGCCCCCACCUCCAUCCUUCUCUCAUCAUCCUCUCCCACAUUUAAUCCACUCUCCUCCAAUCCUCUAAUCAAAUGAUGUUUUCUCUGAACCAUGUUUGUGUCUUGCUCUAAUUCAAGCAGUCAGUUAGUACCUUGAUCCAGAAUGACAUAUGGUGAGAAAUCAGCACGAUACGAUAACAAACGAUAUCAUGAAAGUAAAGACUUUCCCAAGCAAAAGUAAUUUUUGCACAGUGGUGAAGUAGCUAAAUCAAGUAAUUUGGUCCUCUA